CUGUAGGAAAGUGAUCGGUGACAAUAACGUGCAAGUUAGCACCACACCCCUGUUACCGCAAAACUCGUAAUCUAGCCGAUAGUAAGUUUUAUUGCAUUGUAUUUUUAUUAUGCACCUGUGGUUUUGUAAUUCUAUAUUGUAUGGUCUUUUAAAUGGACUGAUGUGUGAUAUGGCCACAAUUAAAUAGAUUUUCUACCAUUAUGUUGUAUAGAUCUGGGGAGAUUCAUAUUUAAGUGGCAAUUAUAACACCCAAAGCGCUAACUGUACUAAAUGCUUGUGCUUAAUGAAUAGCACAUAUGUAAUAACCUAAUCAGCUGAUCUGUAUCACAUGAAUUGUUAUGUGUGCCUUUAAUUAUACCAUACGUACAGUUAAUCAGAACCAUUAUUUAUUAUUAUCUGUCUAAACCAUUUAAUAUACUUUUUAAAGACACGGCCAGAGCACUGAGAGAUAUCGGGUAUUGUUGUAACUGGAGUGAAUAAGGGAACCUUCUUCCUGAGCACAGACAUUGGAGCCUGUUAUCAGCAUGAACUCAUAUGUGUUAGACAAACACAUCAAUAGUUCAUAUCUAUCCUUCACUACAGGAAACAUCAGAAUGAUACCACAAACUCCAAUAGUCUUAGACACUAAUGACUAUUCACAAACAUUGGGGAUAUCACAGCAGAUAUUUAGAGAAGAUGGUGAAUUGGAAGGAACUGGGCAGCAAUCAUUAUGUACAGAGAGUAAUUUAGUCAUCAAAGAAGAGGACAACAUUUAUGAGUUAUCUAGUGAAAUUAUUAUCCCCGAGGAAAAAACACACACAUUUACUGAGUUUUCAAAACAUAUUAAAGAAGGGAAAAGUCUACAGUCUAACCAAAUGAUUCAUACAAAGGAGAAACCUUUCAAAUGUACAGAAUGUGAGAAAAGCUUUAGGAGGAAGUCUCAUCUACUAGAACACUACACAGUUCACACAGGUGAGAAACCACACACAUGUACUGAGUGCGGCAAAUGUUUUACACAAAUGGGUCAUCUGAAAAAUCAUAAAAAAAUUCACACAGGAGAAAAGCUGUUCACAUGUACAGAGUGUGGAAAAAGUUUUACACAAAUAAAUAAUCUGAAAACUCAUGAAAGGAGUCACACAGGAGAAAAGCCGUUCACAUGUACAGAGUGUGGAAAACGUUUUACAGUAAAGAGUAGUCUGGAAAGUCAUGAAAGGAUUCACACAGGAGAAAAGCCUUUCACAUGUACAGAGUGUGGAAAAAGUUUUACAGAAAAAGGUAAUCUGAAAAGUCAUGAAAGGAUUCACACAGGAGAAAAGCCUUUCACAUGUACAGAGUGUGGAAAAAGUUUUACAGUAAAGAAUAGUCUGAAAAGUCAUGAAAGGUUUCACACAGGAGAAAAACCUUUCACAUGUACAGAGUGUGGAAAAAGUUUUAGAGCAAUGAGUAAUCUGAAAAGUCAUGAAAGGUUUCACACAGGAGAAAAACCUUUCACAUGUACAGAGUGUGGAAAAUGUUUUAUAUAUAUGAGUGAUCUGAAUAUUCAUGAAAGGAUUCACACAGGAGAAAAACCUUUCACAUGUACAGAGUGUGGAAAAUGUUUUACAUCUAUGAGUAAUCUGAAUAAUCAUGAAAGGAUUCACACAGGAGAAAAACCUUUCACAUGUACAGAGUGUGGAAAAAGUUUUACAAAAAAGAGUCAUCUGAAAACUCAUGAAAGGAUUCACACAGGAGAAAAGCCUUUCACAUGUACGGAGUGUGGAAAAAGUUUUACAGUAAAGAGUCAUCUGAAAACUCAUGAAAGGAUUCACACAGGAGAAAAGCCUUUCACAUGUACAGAGUGUGGAAAAAGUUUUACAGCAAUGAGUAAUCUGAAAAUUCAUGAAAGGAUUCACACAGGAGAAAAACCUUUCACAUGUACAGAGUGUGGAAAAUGUUUUAUAUAUAUGAGUGAUCUGAAUAUUCAUGAAAGGAUUCACACAGGAGAAAAACCUUUCACAUGUACAGAGUGUGGAAAAUGUUUUACAUCUAUGAGUAAUCUGAAUAAUCAUGAAAGGAUUCACACAGGAGAAUAGCCUUUCACAUGUAUAGAGUGUGGAAAAAGUUUUACAGUAAAGAGUAGUCUGAAAAGUCAUGAAAGGAUUCACACAGGAGAAAAGCCUUUCACAUGUACAGAGUGCGGAAAAAGUUUUACAAAAAUGCAUCAUCUGAAAAAACAUGAAAGGAUUCACAAGGGAAAAAAACCUUUCACAUGUUUAGAAAGUGGAAAAAGAUUUUUAUUGAAAUCAGGUAUCACAAAACACCAACGGGUAGAUUUAGAGUACUUCCUAAAAACUGCUCUUGACACAACAAUACCCAGAAGUUACACCUCAGCUGAUGCCGAAGAUCCAUAUAUCCACACGGGACUUAAACCAAAGUCCAGCUUCUAUCCCACCUAUGCCAAAGGAAAUGCUAUUGACGCAUUUGAAAUCAUGGUCACCAAAGAUAUUAGAGAUGUCAAACAAAAGAGUUUGAAAAGGAUCAAACACAACCUAACCAAACAACAUAUAGAGACCAUCAGGAAACUUGAGGCGAACAACCAACUAACGAUUAAGCCAGCCGAUAAAGGCGGGGGCAUCGUUAUUCUCGACAGGGAGAAAUACAAUGCAGAGAACCAACUUUGGGCGGCUGCUGAAGUGCCGUUAUUAUACAGUUAUGCCAGCGUUUUGAGGAGGGGAGAAGCCGAGGAGCGACUAGCAAUAGCAAGCAACUGCACUAUGAGCUUGGAGACACACGCUGAGGCCAGUCAGGGAACACCGGUUGAUACAUGCAAUGAAAUGCAGACAGCAAUUGAUAAAGAUUCAGAUAGAGAAAUAAGCAAUAGAAAAACCUCUUACGAGGGUAUAGAUAAGAAUGUAACAUCCCACACUGAAACAUUAAAUUAUAGAGUAAGGUCACAUGACCUAUUGGGAGAAAUAGAGACUACUCAACAUAGUAUAGAAGACGUUACAUCACUAUUGAGAACUCUGGAAAAAUUGCUGAUUAGUGACGUAAAAGAGUGGCAGGACUUAACCCUUUUGGAUAACUGCGUACUUCAUAAUAUUAUUCCAAGAGGGUUGAGAAUAUUCAAGUAUCCUGCUUUCAAUCUUGAUGAUGUUGAAUUCUCCUCAGAGUGGGAUAGUAUUUUACAUGAGUGCUCCAUGAAAUUAAUUAAGCUUUUGAUUAAAUAUAGGGAAAUGAGAGUAAAAAACUUAAAAACUGAAAUUGAUAAAUUAGAGAAUAAGAUUACACCACAGUUAAAUGAAGAAAAAGUUUGUACAUUACAUAAGAACAUAAUAGCUAGAACAAAUGCAUUUAAUUUGGAAAUAAGAGGCAAAAAAGCACAAAAACUAAAGAGAGAUAUAGAGGAUUAUAAGAAAGAGGAUUUAUUUCCUCUAAAAAAUAAAAAGAAGGGAGGGAACAAAAUUAGAAGCAUAACAGAACCAAAUAAGAUCGUAGCUAAAAAUGAUGUAGCGGAAAAAUUGAGUUCAGAACAAAAUAAAAAAGCAGAUAACAAAAUACCAGUAAAUAAGGAGAAUACGUGGGAAUUAGUAGGUCCAAAUGAGCGAGAGGUGAGCUGCCAUGCUGCCUGGCAGGUUUAUGAGGAGAAACCUUUCAAAUGUACAGAAUGUGAGAAAAGCUUUAGAUGGAAGUCUCAUCUACUAGAACACCACAAAAUACACACAGGUAAGAAACCACACACAUUUACUGAGUGCGGCGAAUGUUUUACACAAAUGGAUCAUCUGAAAACUCAUAAAAAGAUUCACACAGGAGAAAACCCGUUCACAUGUACAAAGUGCGGAAAAAGUUUUACACAAAAGUCUAAUCUGAAAACUCAUAAAAAGAUUCACACAGGAGAAAAGCCUUUCACAUGUACAGAGUGCGGAAAAUGUUUUACACAAAUGGGUCAUCUGAAAACUCAUAAAAAGAUUCACACAGGAGAAAAGCCUUUCACAUGUACAGAGUGUGGAAAAAGUUUUACACAAAAGGGUGAUCUGAAAAGUCAUGAAAGGAUUCACACAGGGGAAAAGCCGUUCACAUGUACAGAGUGUGGAAAAUGUUUUACAGGAAAGAGUAGUCUGAAAAGUCAUGAAAGGAUUCACACAGGAGAAAAGCCUUUCACAUGUACAGAGUGUGGAAAAUGUUUUACACAAAAGGGUUAUCUGAAAACUCAUGAAAGGAUUCACACAGGGGAAAAGCCGUUCACAUGUACAGAGUGUGGAAAAUGUUUUACACAAAAGGGUUAUCUGAAAGCUCAUGAAAGGAUUCACACAGGGGAAAAGCCGUUCACAUGUACAGAGUGUGGAAAACGUUUUACAGAAAAGAGUAAUCUGAAAACUCAUGAAAAGAUUCACACAGGGGAGAAACCUUUCGCAUGUACAGAGUAUGGAAAAAGUUUUAAACAAAUGGAUUGUCUGAAAAAGCAUGAAAGGAUUCACACAGGGGAAAAGCCGUUCACAUGUACGGAAUGUGGAAAAUGUUUUACAAAUAUGCAUCAUCUGAAAAGUCAUGAAAGGAUUCACAAGGGAAGAAACCUUUCCCAUUACAAAUGUGCAUUGGAAAGGUUAGAAUUGUCUCCUGUUUUAUCAGAAAAAGAUACAUGUGUAAACAGUAAUUAUGCUAAGGAAGAAAAGCAUGGUGUUUGUCAGAAAAGUGAAUCUAGCCAGACAGAGAAUGUAGUUGAACAUUCACAGAAAGAAAGAAAUGCUACAAUAACAACAGAUACAUUAGGAGAAGGUAAAUCCAAGCUACUGCCAUUGUUUCCUGUAAAUACUACAAUAGAGCUGGACAAUGCAAAUUGUAAAAAAACUAUUUCUACCAUGUGCCAGGAUAGAUUAGAAAGUCCACAAACAACAGGGUCUCAGACUAUUGGAGAAGAGAGUGUACAGACUCCCUCUGUGCUGACUAGUGCACCAGAAAAUCCAUAUAAAAAGUAUGCUAGGAAGAUAAAAACUUUAAUUCCACCAUUUGACCCACAAUUGCAUAUCCUGCAUAGUAUAUUUAAUUUUGAGCAACAUGUAGCACAGUAUAGCUUGGAUGAUCAGACUGCUUGUUAUCUAUUUAAGUUCUGGCUGCCAGCAUACUACAGUAAAGCACUGCAGCUUUUACAGCAGAAUGGGUUAUGGGCUGACAAAGAGACACGUGCUAACAUGUUGUUAGAACUAACUGCUGUGGAUUUAACAGAUACAUCAUUUUUAGACACAGUAGUUCCCCACCCAAUGGAAGAGCCAUUUGCUUUCUGUAGUAAAUUUCAUCAAUUAUACUGUAAACUAAAAGGCACACCAAAUUUAGAGAUUGGAGAUCCCAGAAUGUUAAGAAUUCUAGCAGGAAAAUAUGAAGGCAUGGAUUUUGUUAAUAGGAAUUUACUGGCUCAUCAGUGUUGUGCAAUUCUUACGUAUCCUAAGAAAUUGGGAUUUCGGUAUAUUUUCUUUCCACCUAGUAAGGUGGCAGCUAUCUGCAUGAAUGAAGUUGUUAGAAUCUACUUCUUUGAAAAAGGAAACAAGGAUUCCGGUAUGGACCAAGGGGCUUUACAAGAGGUCACUUGCUUCUUGUGUUUUGACGCAAAUGUGGAACCACCAGUACCUUUCUGUUCCUCGUGUAUCCAGAGGACUAUAAGUUACAGAGAACAGAUUUUAUCUGAGCAAGAUUUUGCUGAGGCAGAUGUUGUCCAGGAAUCUAAUGCAGAUUUGUCACAUUUGUCUCCGCAAGCGUCCCAAAUUGUACAGCCCUUACAAGCAGUGCCCUGCGUUUCCACUAUAACUCCUGCUGGAUUUACUCUAGGAGACAUUGCUUCUGUCAUGUCUUCUACUAUUUCUGAUGCUUUGUCUGCAAGAGGUAAAUCAGAUCAGGCGUUUAUGAUAGAAAUAACAAGCCACAACAUGGAUCCAGCAGACCUUGUUAAACAUGUUCAGGUUCUCACAGAUAGAGUAGAGACACUCACACAAGGGUUGUCUGAUGCGUUAAAAGAUGAACUGGCGAGAGUUCAGCUACCUGAAUCUCUUGAAGAUUUAAUUAACCUCUGUAUAGUUCUUGACAGAAGAAUUAGAGAAAGGAGAGUAGAGAGGUAUCAGUCAGAUCACUCAAUAAGAAAAACAUACACUCCAAACUACUCAGAACAUAGCAUUAAAGUUACUAAUAAAGACCCACCUGAGCCAAUGGACCUAGGAUUUAUUAGAGGACCCCUUGAACCAACAAGAGAAACAAAGAAGGACGCAGCAACAACCUGUGUAUGUACUGUGGAGCGCCAGAUCACACAGUUAAAGACUGCUCCCAAUUGCGCACAAGGAAGGGUCCUAUACAAUACCAAACUAUUCCCGCUAAGAGUUAUUUCCAAACAGAACCACACAGAAUAUAUAACAUUUGAUGUUAUACCUUCACCUCUUUAUCCUGUAAUACUUGGUAUUACCUGGUUAUCCUUACAUGACCCUAAUAUUAUUUGGUCAAACUCUACAACUGAGUUCACUUCAGAUUAUUGUAAAAAGACUUGUUUUCACUCUCAUGUUCUCUUAACUGACACAUCCUUAAUACCCCCACAAUAUCAGACAUUCUCUGAUGUUUUUGACAAAAAGGAGGCAGAAAAUUUGCCUCCUCAUAGAAAAUACAAUUGUCCAAUUGAUUUACUACCUGGAGUGGACAUUCCAUACGGGCAUAUAUUCCCUUUAUCAGAUUCAGAAUUAGAAUUCCUGAAAACAUAUUUGGAGGACAACUUAAAAAAAGGGUUUAUUAAACCUUCUACUUCACCUGCAGGAGCAGGAAUUUUCUUCGUUCGGAAUAAAGAUCAUAGCUUAAGACCUAUUGUUGAUUAUCGCGAACUUAACAAGCGCACUGUUAAAAACCGAUACCCUUUACCUCUAAUUCCUGACCUGAUUGAAAGGUUACAAGGUGCAAAAUUCUUCACAAAACUGGACUUGAGGGGUGCUUACAAUUUAGUUCGAAUCAAAUCAGGGCAUGAAUGGCUGACUGCCUUCCGUACCCGAUAUGGGCUAUACGAAUAUACGUCAACUGAUACCAAUAUACCAAAAACAGAACUUCAACUUCAAGAUGAUGGGUUGUAUUACCAUGAUCAUCAAAUAUAUGUACCGGAAUCUCUCCGUAAAAUGGUGCUUCAGACUUUACAUGAUUCAGCUCUUUCUGGACAUCCAGGAAACAUCAGAAUGAUACUGCAAACUCCAAUAGUCUUAGACACUAAUGACUAUUCACAAACAUUGGGGAUAUCACAGCAGAUAUUUAGAGAGGAUGGUGAAUUGGAAGGAACUGGGCAGCAAUCAUUAUGUACAGAGAGUAAUUUAGUCAUCAAACAAGAGGACAACAUUUAUGAGUUAUCUAGUGAAAUUAUUAUCCCCGAGGAAAAACCACACACAUUUACUGAGUUUUCAAAACAUAUUAAAGAAGGGAAAAGUCUACAGUCUAACCAAAUGAUUCAUACAAAGGAGAAACCUUUCAAAUGUACAGAAUGUGAGAAAAGCUUUAGGAGGAAGUCUCAUCUACUAGAACACUACACAGUUCACACAGGUGAGAAACCACACACAUGUACUGAGUGCGGCAAAUGUUUUACACAAAUGGCUCAUCUGAAAACUCAUAAAAAGAUUCACACAGGAGAAAAGCUGUUCACAUGUACAGAGUGUGGAAAAUGUUUUACACAAAAGGGUUAUCUGAAAAGUCAUGAAAGGAUUCACACAGGAGAAAAGCCUUUCACAUGUACAGAGUGUGGAAAAUGUUUUACAGAAAAGAGGGAUCUGAAAACUCAUGAAAGGAUUCACACAGGAGAAAAGCCUUUCACAUGUACAGAGUGUGGAAAAAGUUUUACAGAAAAGAGUCAUCUGAAAACUCAUGAAAGGAGUCACACAGGAGAAAAGCCUUUCACAUGUACAGAGUGUGGAAAAAGUUUUACAGUAAAGAGUAGUCUGAAAAGUCAUGAAAGGAUUCACACAGGAGAAAAACCUUUCACAUGUACAGAGUGUGGAAAAAGUUUUACAGCAAUGAGUAAUCUGAAAAGGCAUGAAAGGAUUCACACAGGAGAAAAACCUUUCACAUGUACAGAGUGUGGAAAAUGUUUUAUAUAUAUGAGUGAUCUGAAUAAUCAUGAAAGGAUUCACACAGGAGAAAAACCUUUCACAUGUACAGAGUGUGGAAAAUGUUUUAUAUAUAUGAGUAAUCUGAAUAAUCAUAAAAGGAGUCACACAGGAGAAAAGCCUUUCACAUGUAUAGAGUGUGGAAAAAGUUUUACAGUAAAGAGUAGUCUGAAAAGUCAUGAAAGGAUUCACACAGGAGAAAAGCCUUUCACAUGUACAGAGUGCGGAAAAAGUUUUACAAAUAUGCAUCAUCUGAAAAAACAUGAAAGGAUUCACAAGGGAAAAAAACCUUUCACAUGUUUAGAAAGUGGAAAAAGGUUUUUAUUGAAAUCAGGUAUCACAAAACACCAACGGGUAGAUUUAGAGUAUGGCGUUAGCCGUCAAAAGCAGCAUUAAGGGGUCCUAACGCUGCUUUUUACCGCCCACUGGUAUUUAGAGUCAGGCAGGAAUGGGUCUACCGCUCACUUCCUUUCUGCAACUCCAGGCUACCGCAGAUCCCCUUACGUCAAUUGUGUAUCCUACCUUUUCUAUGGGAUUUGCCUAAUGCUGGUAUUUGGAGUCUUGGAAGAACUGAGCGGUAGACCCUCUACCGACAAGACUCCUACCGCCAAUAAAAGUCAGUAGUUAAGAGCUUUAUGGGCUAACGCGGGAACAUAAAGCUCCUAACUACUGUGCUACAAAGUACACUAAACACCCAUAAACUACCUAUGUACCCCUAAACCGAGCCCCCUCCACAUCGCCAACCCUCUAAUAAAAUUUUUUAACCCCUAAUCUGCCGACCAGACACCGCCGCCACCUACAUUAUCCCUAUGAACCCCUAAUCUGCUGCCCCUAACAUCGCCGAAACCUAUAUUAUAUUUAUUAUCCCCUAAUCUGCCCCCCCACGUCGCCGCCACCUAACUACACUUAUUAACCCCUAAUCUGCUGACCGGACCUCGCUGCCACUAUAAUAAAUGUAUUAACCCCUAAACCGCCACACUCCCGCCUCACAAACACUAUAAUAAAUUUUAUUAACCCCUAAUCUGCCCUCCCUAACAUCACCGCCACCUACCUACAAUUAUUAACCCCUAAUCUCCCGCCAGCAACGUCGCCGCUACUAUAAUAACGUUAUUAACCCUUAAACCUAACUCCAAC